AUGCUUGAGGUAAGAUCAAUCAGACAACAGCAAAAUAUUCAGGUUGUGCACGGAAAUUGCUCUGCUUACCAAUACAAUCCAGAUAAUAAACACAGUGAACACAAAUAUAUCCAAAUUGCAAAGCCUAAAAAUAGAUGGACGGAGCUUAAGGACUUUGAUAAUAUUAAUUGGGAAAGGUUAAUAGAUAUUCCUGAGUCUUUGCAACUAAUCAAAGAUCUCUUAUUAAGAUAUCAUCCAGUUUGGACAAAUUUCUUAAAUAUUAAAAGACGUUACAAUACCAUUUUUCAAAUGACUUCCUUUGGGGCAAAUACAGUUAGGGAAGGGGGUGCUAAAAAUCUCCGGUGGAGGUUCGGUUGCCACAUUAGACGACUAGACCUGGCAACGUACAACGCACGCACCCUGAGGACUUACGAGAAAAUCGUGGAGCUGGAAGAAGAGAUAGACAAGUUGCGCUGGCAUAUUAUAGGAUUAUCCGAAGUCCGAAGAGAGGGAGAGGACACGGUAAUCCUCGAAUCCGGCAACUUGCUCUAUCACCGGGAGGGCGACCAUCUGUCCCAAGGAGGUGUCGGAUUUAUCGUCCACAAGUCUUUCGUUAACAACGUUGUAAAGAUCGGGCGUGUAUCGACGAGGGUUGCGUACCUUAUACUCAGAAUCACCAAACGGUAUUCGCUGAAGGUCAUACAGGUUUACGCACCAACCUCGGCACACCCCGAUGAGGAGGUGGAGGAAAUGUAUGAGGAUAUCUCUAGAGCCAUGCAUUCCUCCAAAACCCAAUACACGGUGUUAAUGGGAGACUUCAAUGCAAAACUAGGUACAAGAGAGAAAGUAGGGAAAUUUGGAAUAGGGCAACGGAACCCAAAGGGCCAGCAGCUGGCCGACUUCAUGAAGAAAAAGGGACUCUUUAUGAUGAACUCUUUCUUCCAGAAGCGGCCCCACAGGAAGUGGACCUGGUCGAGCCCCGACGAUUCGACAAAAAAUGAGAUUGACUUCAUUAUGACGACCAGACGACAAAUGUUGAGUGAUGUCUCCGUGAUCGCGAGGGUGAAAACUGGUAGCGAUCACCGAAUGGUUAGAGGCACACUGAACCUAAACAUUAAAUUGAAGAGGUCUCGUCUAAUGAAGUCAACGCUCCGUCCCCCUCGUGCUCUGUUCCAAAGUCCCGAAACUUUUCAGCUCGAGUUACAAAACUGUUUUCAGUGCAUAGAAGACUGCAAUGAAGUGGACGAUAUGAAUGACAGGCUCGUGGAAACUGUCCAUGCGGUCAGAGCUAAGUUCUGCAAGACCCGCCGCAGAAGAACACAAAAACUCUCCGAUCAGAAACAGAAACAGAAACAGAAACUUUUUUAUUCAAUAUAG